AUGCGUUUCUUCAUCACCGUCAACUUCGUGCUUUUAGGCGUCUGUUUGGCUCUAUCCCAAGGACAAGAAGCUUUGAAAUCUCGGGGAGAAGUUCAAGUCCCAUCAUCCUUGAUAGCCCGAGCCGACGCUGCCCCACUUAAUGGCGCGGCAACAUCUACCGAUGGACAGGCAAAAUUAAACGGUGAUUCUCAUCAUCCACCACAACUCACGACUGUCAAGGACCCCAAGUUAUGCGCUAUAAUUGUGAAGCGAAUGAAGGAAUUCGAAACCAUGACCAAGAAUGGUGGUCUUCCUUCACUCAAAACAGGACCGGCCCCACCCUCUGGUAGCUCCUCAAGUCCAAAACCAUUGGCAUCUGGCGUUACGCGUCGAUCGAAGCUGGCACAAAGAACUGAUAUUGGUAGCAUAAACCGCCGUGAUUCAUCGGGCAAUAAGGACGCGCCAGCUUCGUCAACUACAGAUCCUAAUGCAUGCAAAGAAAUGGAAACUAUGCUCAAGGCCGCAAAAGAAAAAAUGCAAGCAGACAUGAAAAAGGGUAUGCCGGCACCCCAGCCGGAUGGAGCCAAGAAAGAUUCUACGCCCAAAACGAGCUCUACUGAUGCUACCCCCAAAACCAGCCCCACUGAUGCUAAACCCUCCAAAAGCCCUACUGGUGCUAAACCUAAAUCAGGAUCUACUGAGACAAAAACAAAUCCUACUGAUGCUACCCCAAAAACUGGCUCCACCGACGCUGACUCUUGA